AUGAGCAGGCGACAGUCGCGUGUAUCUGUUGAUUCUCGUCAAAACGACACAUUACUGGAGUUUGAAAACUUCAAGAAGAAGUUCCUCCUAGCCAACAAGCAUAUUACGAAGCUCAACUCGACACUCAGCGUCCGGAUAGAAGAACUUAAUGAACAGAUCUCGACCCUCUAUGUUGAGAAUCUCCGCCUCCGUGCUUCGGAGAUCGCGCUGGCGUCGCAGCUUAAGCGGGAGCGGGAGAGGUCGAGGAAGAUCAUAACCGACGCCGAGGCUGCUACACACAGCCUCAUCAAACAUCUGGGCCAUAUCCGCAAGUCGUUCAAUGCUCCCCACGGGCGCGAAUCCGGCUCAGACGAACAGCUUCCCCCACUCCCCCGCGCGAAACGACCUGUCCUCGACCCCAAUGCAACACCAUUACCUAACCGCAUCGCGCGCGCACCGACGGUCCCGGGCAUCUUCGAAGAUGACGAGGUGAACGUGUCGUCGCCAGAGGACCCUGAUGCCGAUGUCGAUGACGGGGAGAAGAGUCCCACGCGCGUGCGACAUCGCACGACCAAAUCACGCUCCGUGGACUCCCGUAUUCCCACACGCGUCUCCCCGACGCCUGCUGAGCAGACGGUCGAAAUCGAUUUUGAGGACCAGCUCGACCGGAUAGGCAAACGCAAACCGACUCGGCGACGGAGCGGUCUGCUGACGAGUAUGUCUAUUACCACCGUUAUCCCCAGCGGGAUCAGUACGGAGGUCAUUCAUCCCAGACCCCCAAGCCCUGCUUUUGGGUCACCCUUACGCAGAGAGGCGGGUUUAGCAGAAGAGGAGGAAGAGGCGAUCGUCGAAAAUGGAGAAGAGCAGGAGGUGGAGGUGAUUUUGCAGAGUGCAGCAAGGAGGGAAAGGAAGGAGAGAAGGAGGGAACGCGAGAGCGCUUCCAGCGAUCGCACACGCGAGCGGAAGAGGCCGAGAGACCUUGACGAGCCUCCACCCCUAGUCGGAGGGAGCAAAUUCAAGCUCAAGGAUGUAACGAAUUCGCAACCGCGCGAGUUCGUCCCUGAUCGCGGCGCGCAACUUCUUAUCAACACCGGUGCCAAAGUCUUCAUCCAGCCUGCAGCAGACGCACUUGCUCACGCCACGGUCCUCGAGCCCUCUGCCGCAACCGCCGGCGCCCGUGCCCGAGGCAGAGCCGACUGGGGGCCAGGUUCUGCGACUGGCAUGAAGCGGAAGAAGUCGCGUGUACAUGUCCUCCCAGACGAUGAGGAAGAGAGCGAGGGUACGCAGGCCGACGCUGAGUACGGCGGAAGAACAGGGACGGGCUGGAUCAGUGCAGAGGGUCGGAGGCGAAGUGUGCAUUCUGGCUCCAGUCUCCGGCGCCUCGAGGGCGACGACUUCAGACGACAUAGCAUGGCAGUAUAA